AUGAAGAUCCGGCAUGCGCUCACCCAAUCCGUCACCUUCCUCGUUAUGGUCGUUGCAUUGUUGGUGCUGGUGCCCGAGGGAAUAAUGCUAGUGACGGGUGUCAAGACACCGGCGAUGGCCGUUUUGUCGGAAAGUAUGGAGCCUGGAAUUAAAAAGGGUGAUAUGGUGUUUGUGCACAACAUGAGCAAUGAACCUUUCCACGUAGGAGAGAUCAUUCUUUUCAAGGUUGAUGGCUUUGAACAUCCAGUUGUCCAUCGCGUGAUCAAGGUUCACGAGCAUCGAGAUACUGGAGAAAUCCGAAUACUCACCAAAGGGGACAACAAUUCAGUGGAUGACCGAUUUCUCUAUGCGAGUGGGCAGCUUUGGCUUCAACCGCAUGACAUUAUUGGACGGGUUGCAGGCUACCUGCCAUAUGCUGGAUGGCCUACUGUCUUCAUCAGUGAAUCUUACAGGGUCUCUCUUUUCCUUCUAAUGAAAGAUGUUGCUGAAUGGUCGAAGCACUACAACUCCUGA